CCACAGAGCAACAACAAAAACAGUCUCCUAAGCCCAGCCCAAGAGCCUGCGCCCUUGCAGACGGCCAUGGAGCCACAAACCACCGUGGUGCACAAUGCUACAGAUGGAAUCAAGGGCUCCACAGAGAGCUGCAAUACCACUACAGAAGAUGAGGACCUCAAAGCUGCCCCGCUCCGCACUGGGAAUGGCAGCUCGGUGCCUGAAGGACGGAGCUCCCGGGACAGAACAGCCCCCUCUGCAGGCAUGCAGCCCCAGCCUUCUCUCUGCUCCUCAGCCAUGCGAAAACAGGAGAUCAUUAAGAUCACAGAACAGCUGAUUGAAGCCAUCAACAAUGGGGACUUUGAGGCUUACACGAAGAUUUGUGACCCAGGUCUCACUUCCUUUGAGCCUGAGGCUCUCGGUAACCUCGUGGAGGGGAUGGAUUUCCAUAAGUUUUACUUUGAGAAUCUCUUAUCCAAGAACAACAAGCCCAUCCAUACCACCAUCCUAAACCCACACGUUCACGUGAUUGGGGAGGACGCAGCUUGCAUCGCCUACAUCCGUCUCACCCAGUAUAUCGACGGGCAGGGUCGGCCUCGCACCAGCCAGUCAGAGGAGACUCGGGUCUGGCACCGCCGGGAUGGCAAGUGGCUCAAUGUCCACUAUCACUGCUCAGGGGCCCCUGCUGCACCGCUGCAGUGAGCUCAGCCACAGGGGCAUUAGGAGAUUCCAGCUGGAGGUCGAACCUUUGCAGCCAGUGGCUCUGGAGGGCCUGAGUGACAGCGGCAGUCCUGUUCGUUUGAGGUUUAAAACAAUUAAAUUACAAAGCGGCAGCAGCCAAUGCACGCCCCUGCAUGCAGCCCUCCCGCCCGCCCUUCGUGUCUGUCUCUGCUGUACCAAGGUGUUUUUUACAUUUAAGAGAAAAAAGAUUGUUUAAAAAAAAAAAAAGGAAUCCAUACCAUGAUGCGUUUAAAAACCACCAGUAGCCCUUGGGCUGGCAAGAAGGCAGGAGUUUGUGUGAUGCCCAUCCUGGCAUGAACAGUGGGGCUCACCCACCAGCCCUGAAGAGGUGAACUGGGCCGCAGGCCCCCAUGGACUCAGGGGGACCAGGCAAGGACUCUGACAGAGCGUUGGGGGCCAUGAUGUGUUUGCAGCCCUUGAGGUGGCCUGCUUAUCCCAGGUCUAGGAGUGAACUACUUCAGAACCUGCAUAGGCACCUAGAAUAAGGCUGAUGACAAAGACACCAUGGACAUCAGACCUACUUGGGAGAGAAGGCGGAGCUCCCAGCCAGCUGUGAAGGCAGCUAAGAAGCAGUAGUCUCAGCCUGAGAGUCCGAACUUUGCUGUACUGUUCUAUUUAGUGUAGAAGGGAAGAGAAUUGGUGCUGCAGAAAUGUGUCCGCAAGGAAGCCAAUGAGGAACCUCGUGUUAAGUAUGAUAUGCACUCACUCAUCCAUUUCUAUAGGAUGCAAAAUGCACGUGGGCCCUGAUAUCGAGCCCUGAUCCCUGCAGCUGGUAAGGGAGAGGGGUUACUGCUUUGCUUCAUGUUUGUUUCUUAAUAACAGCAAGGAGAGAGCCAGAUCCUGGUCAGAGCUCCCCUUGCCACCUUUGGCAGUUCUGUUUCUGUGCUGACCUGGACCAUCUUUAUCUUGCCUUUUCAUGGUGGUGGUCCCCAUGCUGACCCUCAUUUGGGCCUGAGCCCUCUGCCAAGUGCCCCUGCGUGAUGGGAGGAGUGAGACAGCAGGAUAAGAGGUGGUUGUUUCUAUGCAUUCAGGCUGCCCUCAGGGCUGCCUCCCUUCUUACUCUUCCCUUGCUGCACGCCCAUCUCUUUCCCUAUCUUUGAGAUUGAACUGACUGCUCCAGUGAGAAAUGUCUUCUUUAAAGAGGGCUCUUUACUGACCAACUGAAGUAUAGACUUACUGCUGGACAAUCUGCAUGGGCAUCACCCCUUCCAUUGCAUGUACCCAAAAAAGGUGUCCAGAGCCAAGGCUCCACAUUCAUUGUCCCUCUCUGCUCAAGGAGUUCCAUUCUAGGAAAAAAAAGAUCUAUAUCCUAAGCAGAUAAAAGAGAAUAUAGUGGAGGAGCGAUUUGUUAUGGCCUUGGUUUUCCCCCAAAACAACUGCAUAUUUCUCUGCACAAGUAUCUGCACUUUGUGGGGGACGGGAGGGGAGUGGGCAGAUUGCAGCUCCCUGGACUACCUUCAGGAGGCGCUGGAGCUGCCAGAAGAGGGAACGUUAUAGGUGACUUUGGAGCCAGCUGAGAAGAGAGCAAACUUGGGUGCUGGUGCUUGGAUUUAGACAGGCUCCUCGAGCACCUCAUGCAUGCCCCAGCCCCUGGACCCCAGCCCCUUCCUGCCCUGCACCCUGCAGUACCAGCUCGCAGAUAACUUCACCAUGGGGUUUGGUUUUGCUGGCUUGAAGACAAAUGGUCUUAUAGUUCAUUGAGACCCAUAGCUUCUUAUGGCUGCUCCAGCCCCACUUCUUAGCAUUCUUACUCCUCUUCUGGGGCUAAUGUCAGCAUCUAUAGACAAUAGACUAUUAAAAAUCACCUUUUAAACAGGAAGUGGGAGGCAUUUGAUGCAGAAUUUUUGCAUGAUAAAAAUAAUUUAAAAAUAGUGUUUGUUCUGAAUGUUGGUAGACCCUUCAUAGCUUUGUUACAAUGAAACCUUGAAGAUAUUUAAUAAAAUAACUAAACAGU